AUGAAAGCUGAGUUGUAUCCACCGGAUAUCUCACAGGCAUCUUUCCUCUACACUUUCAGCCCAAAUCACGUAUUGAACCAGAAGACUCAGGUGUCGCUCGUUCUUCGCAUACCUCUUCCCAGAUGGACAAAUUUCAACCGACCAAAGCUCCCAAGAUUCCAUCAUCUUUCCAAAUAUCCAGAUGCAGGAGAACCUGCGAAAUUCGUAUUCGACAACAGGUGCAAAUUCAUCGCACUCGAUUUGGUUCUCCUUACGUUGCCUCUGGCUACUACCGCGAGCUUGGUGUACCUUAACAUGCAGUCUGUUUACUGGGGAGACACACAGGCCAAUGGAACAUGGCAAAAUACCAUGUUGAAUAGCCUUCAAUUUGCGGCCAAGCUUCAUGAACUAUGGAUCGGUUCUUCUGUGGCUUACAUGGUGUCCCAUUUCAUUGUACUCAUGCUCGCUAAGGCCAAAGGUAUACCUUUUGGGCUACUUGGUGCUGGUCUUCAGAUUGGAGACCUUAGAUUCUUUGCCCGCAGGUCAUUUUGGUCAUCCUUUGAGUGUUCCCACGGACGCAAAUUGAGCAUCUAUCUCUUUGCACUGUUCGUGCUAUUCUGUUCCAUCCUCACAGCUCUUGCUGGACCAUCCUCUGCUAUUGCUAUGCGACCCAACCUUGAUUGGUGGCAAAUGACCAAUAACACGUUGGUAUUUCGCUUCCCAACCAAAUUCGAGUUAUGGCCUAUCAACCUUUUAGAACCACUGGCUCCACCGCUCUCGAUGGUCAAUUGUUCCAAUUACGCAGACUCAUCUGCCAAUUUUAUAUGCCCGGCUAGUGGAGCUCAAGAUAUCAACACUUGGCUGAAUAGUCAAGACCUCAACGUUCUAAGAGGAAAAGCAACGAACAUGACUUUUUAUAACGCAUACACAAACACGCGCAAUUUUCUUGCCUCGGCUGGAAUGGGUUCAGGUCAUUCUUACACAACCUCGUUAUCAGUUGUCCCUCAGCUCGCUGUGGGCGCGAUAUGGAAUGACCUAAAAUUGGCGGUAGCCUACGAGUCUUUCAUAUCUCAACCUAAAUUCUUGUCUCAUUCCACAACGAACCUAAAUCAACCGAUUGUUCAGGUCAAAUGCAAUAUCUAUGCUCAGAGUAAUCUUACAAGUGCUGGUAACGAUACAAAAGAUGCUCCAGUAUUUCCUCUCUUACAUGGAAUCAUGAAGAAUACAUGGACGUUAAAUGAAAAGAUAGGAUAUGCAGUGCCAAAAGACUCCUGGAGUGGUAUUAGGAACCACCUUCUCAGAGCUACAAAGCCUUAUAACAAUGCACAUCAAGAUCGGACAAAGAGAAAGCGCUCAGAACUUAGCGACGUCAUUAACAUUACUCCUGGUUGGGCCGCAUAUACGAACAUAGUGGUUCCAGGAGUUCACUUGACGCAGAAAUUAACUCAAGAUUUGACUGCUCCAAUAAUUAAUUUUAGCGGUGGUAUGCAUGCCACACCUACUUUUCCCGCGCCCGCACCUGCGCAGAAUCUACCUAAUGCCACCCUAAUUCAAGGUCUACUGAACAGAUUCAUGGUUCUCGGUGCAAAUGGAACACUAUCAUUCAAUCAAUUUCCAGUUGGGGGACCUAGUCCACCCAGCAGUACUGCUGAUAUUCAAGGUUUCAUCUCACUAUAUGCUGGUGUAUUUAUGACAGAUGCUCUUGCGCGUUAUGGCUCCCAAAGCGUCAUAUCUGAUGAUAAUUUCUUGUUCGGCCAUAAUAACACUUUGAGGCGACUAUCCUCCUUGAGGAAUGAGCCCGAGCUUCCCAAGGGCUGGCUAGAGUGGAAAUUUGAGAUUUGGCGCAGAGGAUAUAGCUAUGGAAUUCGUGGAAUAACGACGAAAUUAGCAUUAGCGCUUCUUCUAACGCAUUGCAUUUCAACGUUGGGGUUCAUGGUCUACAUGUGUUUUGCAGGGUGGAGAACGGUUGCUUGGAAUUCGAUAGGAGAAUUUAUUGCGCUGGCAUUGAAAUCACGCAGUACAGAAAAAUUUCGAGGUACAGAUGCGGGGAUUGAUUUAUCAACAACAUGGGCGCAAAAUAUGAGGAUAAGGGAGAUUGGUACUGAAGAGCUUGAAAUACGAUUUGGGGAAGAUGGAUGUGAGGAAGAGAAGGGAGAGUGGUUAGGUGUAGUGAGGAUGGGUAGAAAAUAUGGUGGGGGAAAAGUCUGGAAGAGGGGCUGUGAAUCCUCAUCGUUUGAAGAAGAGUGA